AGAAGGAGAAGAUUGAUCGCAAUUUUAGUCGUGAAGGCUCUUCCUAUCCAGCGUUUACCCUACGCCUACGCCUACGAAGACGCAGCGACCGAACGCCCUCAUAUCCUCGUAUAUAUAUCUUUCCAUUCUGCUUCCUCUCUCAUCCUUUAUACGCUAUCUUGUUCGCUUUGAAGAUAUCACAAACUUCCCGUCUUCGUCACUCGAAAUUUCUCUCCUUCUUCGAAAGAUGCAAAUCUUUGUAAAGACCCUGACCGGCAAGACCAUAACUCUCGAGGUCGAGAGUUCCGAUACUAUUGAUAAUGUAAAAGCUAAGAUUCAAGAUAAAGAAGGAAUUCCUCCUGAUCAGCAAAGAUUGAUUUUUGCUGGAAAGCAGCUUGAAGACGGACGCACGCUUGCUGAUUACAAUAUCCAGAAGGAGUCCACUCUUCAUCUUGUCCUUCGUCUUCGUGGUGGAAUGCAGAUCUUUGUCAAGACCCUCACAGGGAAGACUAUAACCCUGGAAGUGGAAAGCUCCGAUACGAUUGAUAAUGUCAAGGCGAAAAUUCAGGACAAGGAAGGGAUUCCUCCAGACCAGCAGAGAUUGAUCUUUGCCGGGAAGCAACUUGAGGAUGGCAGGACCCUUGCAGAUUACAACAUCCAGAAAGAAUCGACCCUGCAUUUGGUGCUGCGUUUGAGGGGAGGCAUGCAGAUUUUUGUUAAGACCUUGACGGGGAAGACCAUAACAUUGGAGGUUGAGAGCUCGGACACUAUUGACAAUGUUAAGGCCAAAAUCCAAGAUAAGGAAGGGAUUCCCCCUGAUCAACAGCGUUUGAUUUUUGCUGGUAAGCAGCUCGAGGAUGGCAGGACCCUCGCUGACUAUAAUAUUCAAAAGGAGUCGACACUGCACCUGGUGUUGAGACUGAGAGGAGGGAUGCAGAUCUUUGUCAAGACCUUGACUGGGAAGACAAUCACUUUGGAGGUUGAGAGUUCGGAUACAAUAGACAAUGUGAAGGCAAAGAUUCAAGACAAGGAAGGCAUUCCUCCGGACCAGCAGCGUUUGAUCUUUGCUGGUAAGCAGCUUGAGGACGGCAGGACCCUUGCUGACUAUAAUAUUCAAAAGGAGUCGACUCUCCACCUGGUGUUGAGACUGAGAGGAGGGAUGCAGAUCUUUGUCAAGACCUUGACUGGGAAGACCAUUACUUUGGAGGUUGAGAGUUCGGAUACAAUAGACAACGUCAAGGCAAAAAUUCAGGACAAAGAAGGUAUUCCUCCAGACCAGCAACGAUUGAUCUUUGCUGGUAAACAGCUUGAGGAUGGUAGGACACUUGCAGACUACAACAUCCAAAAGGAGUCAACUCUCCAUCUGGUCUUGCGCUUGAGGGGAGGAAUGCAGAUCUUUGUCAAGACUUUGACAGGGAAAACAAUCACCUUGGAGGUGGAGAGUUCAGAUACUAUUGAUAAUGUGAAGGCCAAGAUUCAAGACAAGGAGGGUAUCCCACCAGACCAACAAAGGCUCAUCUUUGCUGGCAAGCAGCUUGAGGACGGUCGCACGCUUGCAGACUACAACAUUCAAAAGGAGUCCACUCUUCACCUUGUUCUUCGACUCCGAGGUGGUGAUUUCUAAGAAGUGAAAGCUGAUAUGGUAGUUUCAUGAGUUUGUUUUGGUAUGUGUAUACAAUUGGAGAAGUUCUGUUAGUAUAUUACUAACAAGAGGAGUCAUGUAUGUGGAUUUUAUAUAAUAUGUGGUUUGGUAAUGGUAUUUUCAUAGUGUUCUAAGUGUUUCUUGGUAAUACAGAUCGAUUCUUUGUGUCUA